CGCAGCGGAACAGCCAUGGCGAUGGCGGCCUGCUCCGUCCGCCUCCUCGCCGCCGCCGCGCACCGCCGGGGCGCGGCCGCGUUCCUCCACGCGCCGCGGCGGCCCGUCGCGUGCUCCCUCUCGUUCCCGCGCGGCCACGGCGGCAUCCGCGGCCGCGCCGGCCUCUCCUCCAUCUCCCUCCCCUCCUCCGCCUCCUCCGGGCAGGGCCACGCGCCCUUCAACCUCCUCCCGCCGGACUCCGAGCCCUUUAUCCAGUGGGACGCCCUGCCUCCGCAGGACACCUCCGCGGGCGGCGCAGGGGCAGGCGGAAGGGAGGAGGGGCCCGCGUUGGUAGUGCUGCUGGGCUGGCUCGGCGCGCGGCAGAAGCACCUGCGGAGGUACGCGGACCUCUACCGCGACCGCGGGGUCGGGUCCGUGCGGUUCGUGGUGCCCGUCCGCGAGCUCCUGGGGCUCGACCUCGGCCGCCGCGUCGAGCGCAGGGUCGCCGACCUCUCCGCCGAGAUCGCCGCCUGGUGCGACGCCGACCGCAGCCGCACGCUCCUCUUCCACACCUUCAGCAACACCGGCUGGCUCGCGUAUGGUGCGGUACUUGAGAAUCUACAAUCAAGAGCUGAUAUAGUUGAGAGGAUAAAGGGAUGUAUUGUAGACUCGGCGCCAGUUCUAGAGAUUAGACCAGAGGUCUGGGCUGCUGGUUUCUCUGCUGCCAUGCUGAAGAAAAGCAGUUCUUUAACAGGACCUUCAGCUGACUCUCCUGAUGGAUCUACUUUGAAUGGUGCCUUGAACAAAGUUACUUCUGUCUCAGAGUUAACGAAACCAUCAUGGGGUGAAACUUUUCUUCUUUCAACGCUUCAAAAGUUCUUUGAGAUUGUCCUUCACCUACCUGAUGUAAACCGGAGAAUGCACAAGGUCCUCUCGGUUCUUUCAGAUAAGCAGCCGCCCUGCCCCCAGUUCUACCUGUACAGCUCCGCCGACAGAGUGAUCCCUGCCGAAUGUGUAGAGAGCUUCAUCAACAUGCAGAGAUCACUGGGGCUGAGCGUCUCAGCACACAAUUUUGUCUCGUCGCCGCAUGUGGACCACUACAGGAGCUUCCCUCACCUGUACUCUGCCAAGAUCGACGAGUUCCUGAAGGUCUGUUCCCCAGUUAGAGUAUGAUGAUGAAUCGACGAUUAAUCUUGCUGAAGAUCUGUUCCCCACUUAUAGAUGAGUUGAUGAUUAGUCUUUUGACCAACAUGGUGGUUGAAGAUUCUAGUGAAAAUUUGAUCGGUUUUGUAUCUUUUAGCGUACGUAGCGUGCGUACGGUGUAGGAUGCUUCUACAUGGGUGUUUGAAGAGGGGUAAUAUCGCCGCAUCGUCAAGCAUCCAUGUGGGCUCCAUCUACUCAAACUCAAGCAACUCUUUGUAGGUACGUGAUGAUCGAACUGUCUAUUCCUUUUGGGGGAAUUGUAUUGUCCAUUCUUGGGAUAAUCUUAUAUGUUAAGCACAGGGGCCUAGUUAAGCAUCUUAUCUACUCCGCGAGGCAAGAAAAAGCUGUUUUCUUUUGCCAAUGAUUAUGUAAUAACAAGAUGAUGCUAGUCUUUUCUUGAUGAAGUCGCAUAUAAUUUUUGCCGAGUUGAAA